AUGAACUCGGAUAUUUUGUACAAGGUUGACGAAAUCCCGCCUUGGUAUCUCUGUGUAUUUCUAGGAUUUCAGCAGUUUCUCACAGCCUUCGGUGCGACUUUUGCAUACCCUGUGAUAAUCAGCGGUGUUCUGUGUAUAGAUGGUGACGAUGUCGGUCUAGGACAGUUGAUAAGUACUGUGAUAUUUGUAGCUGGCGCGUCUUCUAUUCUACAAUCAACGUUUGGUGUAAGACUGCCCAUCAUACAAAGUUGUAGUUACACUUUCAUCGUCCCAGCGUUUGUUGUGCUGUCAGUCAGAUCUAACAGCUGUCCGUACCAUGAUCUGUCCGUCAACAAAUCCACCCUGCCAGACUAUGGAUCUGCUGCACAUCAGGAAGUUUGGAAGUCAAACCUCUGUGAGCUCCAAACGAGGGUAAUAAAAUUAUUUCAGCUGCAAGGUUCGCUGAUGGUGGCGUCACUCCUGUCUAUUGUACUUGGAUGUUCUGGUAUGAUCGGGCUUCUGAUGAGGUUCAUUGGUCCGUUGACCAUAGCGCCGACCAUCUGUCUCAUAGCGUUGUCCUUGUUUGAUGUAGCUGCUGAUAAAGGGUCAAGUCAUUGGUGCAUCUGUGUAAUGACAAUCUUUUUGGUGGUCUUAUUCUCCCAGUACUUGAGAAACAUUGCCAUCAAAAUUCCUUUCAUAAAGAUAAAAAUACAAAUUUUUGCCUUAUUUCCGGUGUUGCUGGCUGUGAUGAUCUCUUGGGGCAUAUGCCACAUACUGACAGUGAGCAAUGCCCUGACUGACCACCCAGACGAGUGGGGCUACAAGGCUAGAACUGACAUCAGGGCUAAGGCAUUGUCCGCAUCCAACUGGUUCCGUCUUCCUUAUCCAGGUCAGUGGGGCGUGCCACGGAUCACUGUGACCGGCGUGUUGGGCAUGUUGGCUGCCCUACUCGCUUCUACAAUUGAAUCUGUCGGAGACUACUACGCAUGCGCAAGACUUGCUGGGGCUCCACCGCCUCCACCGAGUGCAGUUAGUCGAGGUAUAGCCAUGGAGGGAGUCACGUGUCUGCUGGCUGGAGCCUGGGGGACAGGGGGCGGCACCACUUCGUACAGUGAAAAUAUCGGCGCCAUUGGAAUCACAAAGGUAGCGAGUCGUGUUGUGAUCCAGUGUGCUGGUUGUCUGAUGCUAGUCCUGGGCUGUGUGGGCAAGUUUGGUGCGCUGUUCGUCACUAUACCUGAGCCUGUUUUAGGUGGACUCUUCUACGUCAUGUUUGGUAUGGUGGCGGCGGUUGGGAUCUCUAAUCUCCAACAUGUUGACCUCAAUUCGUCCAGAAAUCUGUUCGUGUUCGGUCUGCCGGUCUUCUUCGGUCUCAGCGUGUCUAACUGGGUCAGCACACAUCAGGUCAAGACAGGCAGUGAGCUGGCUGACCAAGUACUGACCGUGUUGUUUGGUACCUCGAUGUUAGUGGGCGGGGUCAUGGCUUUUGUGCUGGACAACAGUAUCCCAGGAACUAGAAAAGAACGCGGACUGCUACACUGGAGGAAUCAAGCGCAAGGACCUGAGGGUGAUCUGUCUGUCUAUGACAUCCCAUUGUUACAACCUUUUCUCAACCGGCUAUCUUGUAGCAAGUAA